CUCAGGAAGGAAAUGGCACUAGCAGCAUCCUCUGCUUUCUCAGCAUUGAUUGCACCACGGCAGGAGCUGUUUGAAGGUUAGACAGAUGAAUGAAGAAGGCAAGCCACAGAGGUUAUCUUCAGUUGCAGAGCCAGCCUGUGCUGGAGGACUGGGGCCUGGAGCCAUCACACUGUGCUGAAGGAGAGAAACGUGAGCUUGCUGCAACACUGCGGUGCUGCUGCAGAUAACACUGCCAUCCGAGGUAAACAGGAGGCUGCAAGAGGCAGAGGGGGAGCGAGAAAACACACUGCAGGGCAGGCACUGCCCUUACUGACAACACCAAGACACACACUGCCGGGGAGAGGAGAGGAGGCUGUGUACAUUGUGAAGCUGGAUGUGCCUGAUCAGCACCAAGUGCAGGUAAUGUGAUUGAAGCAUCCCUGCUCCCUGCCUCCGUGCCUCCCUUCAGUAGCAGAGCUCUUCAUUCAGCAGCGUCUGGAGCAUGUUUGUUCUACGUGCCUCAUGUUGCAGCGUUUGCUGCCAUUAGGAGGUGGAGAGGAAGAGCAGUCAGACUUUGGUGUUGUCAGGCUGUCACGGAGAGCACCUGUCUCCACAGAGUCUUUGCACGGAUGCAGGAGCUUGGGGUUGCUGACUACUGCUGCUGACUACACUGCAGCCUUGCGUGUGUGAAUGGGAGGUGCGUGCGUGGUGCUGGUGCACAGAGGCAAGGCGGCACGGUGCAGACAUGGAUAGAGGGUGUGAGUACAACCGCAGCCUGUGAACCCGGCCCCCUGUACCGCCGUGUGGACCCCCGCGGGCCCAUGGCGUGUCUGAAACAGCAGCAGGCCGCCAUCAAGAUGGAGGCGGUGAAGAUUGUGCCAGCGGACAAGUUAGUGGAGUGUUCGGGGUCACAGUCCCGCUACGGGCCGUCAGGGUGUACACGGGACCCUCCGCCCGUGGGCAAGUGUGCCUGGCCUCUACAAUCAGAGAUCAUCACCAACCAGGCGUGCACCGACAUGCCGGGCCUGGACAAAGGCCGUAGCCCCAACCGGUUAGCCAGGACUCCGCCCCGAACCGACAAGUGUAGCCACGGACACCGCAAGGCCAGCGCCGAGAUGUGCUUCCACCGGCAGGCCCCGGCCGACGAGGUGAUUGUCAACCAGUACGUGCUCCACCAGUCGGCUGUGUCUGAGCCUCUGGAAUGUCCCACCUGUGGCCAUGUGUACAACGCCACCAACAAGAGGCCACGCAUCCUCUCUUGCCUGCACUCUGUGUGUGAGGAAUGCCUGCAGAUCCUCUACGAGUCCUGCCCCAAGUACAAGUUCAUCUCCUGCCCUACCUGCCGCCGCGAGACUGUCCUCUUCACUGACUACGGCCUGGCCGCUCUGGCCGUCAACACCAGCAUCCUAGCCCGUCUGCCCACCGUGGCCCUGACGGCCAACCCAGGCCAGUGGGGUGGUGAGGCUGACCGUAGCUGCUACCAGACCUUCCAGCAGUACUGCGGCGCUGUCUGCAGCUGCCACCUACGCAACCCUCUGGCCUCCUGCACCAUCAUGUAGGAGCGGAGACACAGGGGAGGCCACAAGGUCACUACUACAACCAGGAGAAGCAUUACGCCAAAACCAAACAAUUUGCUGUGUUUUUGCAGCACCCUUUACGGUAAAUUACCUGUAACUGAAUUAUCUCAUCUGGGAGUUUCUGUGUUUUCUGUGAAAUCAAAGGUAUCCAAUUGAGACUGGCAAGUUUGAUGCUGUCCUUGAGUGGGGCACUGGUAACUCUACCUACCUGCACAAACCUGACUUUGACUUUGGGACUGCUCUCUCCACUCACUAUUAUACAAUGCCUAAAACCAUCGCCAGUGCAGCGACUUACCCUGAGGGCCGCUACUGUUCAGUAUUUAAUAUGUUCUAGGUCCACGCUUCAGUGUCAGGGUCACUCCAGCCCAGGCUCAGGCCUUUAGCAGGAUGCCAAAUCUGCAAGGACAUUUUUUUUAACCUAAAUUUUAGAUCUUGGUCUUUAGAUGGAGAGCAAAGGGUUGACUUACCUCUAACUGCGAGCAUCCUGGCCUAAGCCACAGACUUGUGGCUAGCUUUGCUGACGUCACAAGCAGGUUGUUAGCUUGCUUGCAGUUACAGCCCCGAGUAGCACCGUGAGAGAGAGCACACCCAGCUCUCUGCAGCUCUGGUGAUGCCCAGCACAAGAGGGUUAACAAUGACUUGUUUCCCCAUCAUCCUCCGUCAGAGUAACCAGAUAAUGUAUUGUGAUUAUUUUAACCUCUCCCCCCACCCCAGGCCCGUGGCCCUGACUCCACACAGACUGGCACAUCUGGGCCACACCAUGAUGGACAGGUCCUUGUCUUCAUCAUUAAGUAUUGUGUAUGGAGCGCCUCCAAAGGUAACGGUGCUGGAGUCACCAUAACAGUGCUAGCAACAUAAAGAAUGUUUCUUUAUUGAUUGUAUUCUGUGAAUAAACUCUAUAUCAGACCUUA